AUGCCACCUCUCCCUCCAUUCUCACUUCCUCUCCCGGCGAGAGACCCCCCUCUUGGAUAUGGCUGGGAAGCACGGGAUGUAUCGGCCUUGUCGACGACCACUGCGUUCGACACCGGAAUAGAUCAACGGGACGUAUUCCUCGGACGGCCGCGAUGCAUCGUCUGUGGGAUGGAUGUGCGGACGAUUCUACAGCACUGCCAUAUCAUCCCGGUAUCGGAGGACGAAACUUGGCGCGACCUCAAGAGACGACGUUGGCUGCCGUCGCAGGCCAAAGAUCGUCCCAGACAUGAACCCCGCGACGGCAUGCUCAUGUGCCGAAACUGUCACAGUUCUUUCAAUUCAUACCAUUUCUUUAUCCGCUUUCUCCCCGAUAGUCGCAAGUUUGUAUUCGUUAACUACUCCGAGGAAGGAUAUUUUCAGCCUUUCCACGGCAAAGCUGUCGCCCUUGACCUCAAGGAUCGCUAUGCGCCAUUCCCAGCACUGUUCAUCAUCCACGAAAUGCGUGUCCGUGGGUUCCACCCCUUCAAACCGACCGCGCCAACCAUGCCCGAUAUCAUCUCCUGGCAAGACUGGAUUCUGUCGGGCGGCGUGCUCAAUAGCGUCUCAGAUUCUUUUAGACGUGACCUUCCGCCCGGAGACGAUGUCGACGAUGUGCAGCCACUGCCUCAGCUUCAAUCUACGAUGUCUGCAGGGAACACGGGCAGCGAGUCGUCUGGUGGACACACUCUAGCGCUGAAUGAAGAUGUCAUUGCUCAAAUUCUCGAGGCGACGUGGGCUUCGCCGUCGUGGAAGGCCUGUCAGAUGGAAGGCACAAGCUGGGAUGGGACUGCGGAAGAGAAUAUGCAGAAAUAUGUCUCCUCUAUUGGUGUAGAAGACUCGGUUCGUGAUCCACAACCUUCACUGUUGACCUGA